GGCAUCGUUUCGACCAAUCCGGAAACGACCGAGUCAAAAACUGUGAAACCCACGACGAGGACGACCUUGCACAUGCACGACGACGUUGUGACCGUCGUCAAGGCGCGCCGGCGCGGAUGCAAGCCAUACGCAGGCUUCUGUGUGCUCAUUGCCACAAUGCUCGUCAUGUUCCUUACGCUGGCACUGCACCUACCGUCCACGCGCCUCCACCAUGCUGCCCCGUUAACCUCCAGAAAGGCGACGCCCGAGCCAGCGGCAAUAUACGAGCAAGAGGCUUUGUCAUCGACGUUGGAGCCCAUUUCAUUUACUAUGCAAGCGCGAGCGUCGUCAUUAACAACCCCAGCGCCACCCGCAAGCAGCCGCAAUGCGUCGUCGACGCCCAUCAUCGAGUCGGUGAUCCCGCGCAUCUUGCAUCAGUCGUGGAAGUCGGCAGAUGCGAUUCCUGAGAUCUUUGCGCCGUGGAUGCGCUCGUGGGUACAGCACCACCCGACGUGGACAUACGUGUUUUGGGACGACGCCGCCAACCUCGCGCUCUUCGCGAGACACUACCCGCAGUACUAUGCCGUGGCCUCGUCCGUGGGCAAGAUCCACCUGGCCGACAUGACGCGGUAUGCGCUUCUGCAUCGCUUUGGCGGCGUUUACGUCGACUGUGACUUUGAGAGCACAUCGCCGCUGGACGACUUGCUCGACAAAGACCUCUUCUUGAGCACCGAGCCGUUCGUCCACGCAGUGCUCCUUGAACGCGCUACCGACGCGAUCCUUUGCAACGCUGUGCUGGCGUCGCGUCGCGGACACCCUUUCUGGCUCCAAGUCCUCGAUGCGAUCUUGGCCAAGUUUCAAGCCGGUGGCGCCAAGCAAGACCCGGUCUCACUCACGGGCCCGCGCCUCGUCGAAGCCGUGUACCAUGAAUUCGAUGCCGAGCGAGUGGGCGCUAGCGUCACCGUCUUUCCCGAAGAGUACUUUUACCCGGAGAUUGCCUACUGGAACCUGGGUCGUUUGCUGGAACUCUGCCGCGACCGCUUCGAUCCGCUCGGACGAAAAGCCUGCAAUUGGCUGCGCGAUCACCCAAAGGGUUUCUACACGCCCAGAACGCAUGCUGUGCACCAUUGGCAGUGCACGUGGUGUCGCGGCGACGUCGGAGAAGCGGUGACCACGCUCAGCGCGAUCUUUCCAACUGCCACAAUCCACCGGCCCCUGCGAGGUGACGACGACGAUGGGCUGUUCUGA